AUGAACAAAGCGCCCCUCGGCAUCACCGAUGUAAUUUUACGUGAUGCGCACCAGAGUCUGCUGGCUACGCGGAUGCGUAUCGACGACAUGUUACCUAUCGCCGCGAAACUCGACGCGGUGGGAUUCUGGUCGCUGGAGUCAUGGGGCGGCGCCACUUUUGAUGCAUGUAUCCGCUAUCUUGGCGAAGAUCCUUGGGAGCGGAUCCGGUUAUUGAAACAAGCCAUGCCCAACACACCCCAACAGAUGUUAUUGCGUGGGCAGAAUAUUCUCGGCUACCGUCAUUACGCAGACGAUGUUGUGACAAAGUUUGUUGAGCGGGCGGCGAAAAACGGCGUUGACGUAUUCCGCAUAUUUGAUGCGAUGAACGAUCCGCGCAAUCUCCGCAAAGCCAUCGAGGCUACUCUGGCAGUUAACAAGCACGCGCAAGGUACAAUUUCUUAUACAGUCAGUCCCGUCCAUACCGUGGAUUUGUGGGUAGACCUGGCGAAACAGAUCGAGGAUCUGGGUGCACACAGUCUGUGUAUAAAAGACAUGGCCGGUUUGUUAAGACCGAUGGUUGCAUACGAUCUGGUAUCAAGACUCAAAGCUGAGUUGGAUAUACCUGUACAUAUGCAGUGCCAUGCCACUACAGGAAUGUCGACAGCCACGUAUCUGAAAGCAGUUGAAGCCGGCAUCGAUAACGUCGAUACGGCAAUUUCAUCCAUGAGUAUGACCUAUGGCCAUACGGCAACGGAAUCGAUGGUGGCUAUUCUUCAGGACACCGAACGCGAUAGCGGUCUGGACAUUACUUUGCUGGAAGAAAUUUCGGCCUACUUCCGCAAUGUGCGGAAAAAAUAUGCGAAGUUUGAAGGCAGUCUGCGCGGUGUCGAUUCCCGCAUUCUGGUCGCCCAGGUGCCUGGCGGGAUGCUGACUAACCUGGAAAAUCAGCUGCGCGAACAACAGGCUACCGAUCGCCUUGAUGAGGUUCUUACAGAAAUUCCCAAAGUGCGCAAAGAGCUGGGUUACAUCGCUCUGGUGACGCCUACCUCGCAAAUAGUUGGCUCCCAGUCUGUCAUCAAUGUAUUGAUGGGGGAGCGCUACAAAAACAUUACCGCAGAAACUGCCGGUGUUCUGAAAGGCGAAUAUGGCGCAACACCGGCGCCCCUGGAUGCAGACCUGCAGAACAGAGUUCUGGAUGGGGCUGCGCCUAUUACCUGCCGUCCCGCAGAUUUACUGUCUCCGGAACUCGAAACUCUUACGCUGGAACUGCAGAAGCAUGCGGCCAACGAGGGUUUUGUCAUGGCUCAGGACAGUAUCGACGACGUGCUGACCUAUGCACUGUUUCCACAGGUAGGCCUGAAAUUCCUCAAAAACAGAGGCAAUGCGGAUGCGUUUGAGCCUGCUCCGGGCACUGAGAAAACUGUGGUCACAUCUGCGCCUGCCCAGGCUCAGAUCGCACAGGCAGGCCCAGCGGUUUACAACGUUCGGGUGAACAACAAAGCGUUUACCGUGGAAGUGUCAGCGUCUGGAGAUGUCGCUACGGUCGCUGCCAGCGGACCGGUAGCGCCGCAAGCAGAUGCUUCGGCCGCGGCUCAAGCCGUGCCGGCUGCACUGGCGGGCACAGUCGUCAAGGUUCUGGUCCAGGCAGGACAAACAGUCAGCCGGGGACAGCCCUUAGUGGUGUUGGAAGCCAUGAAAAUGGAGACGGACAUCAGUGCGCCUGCUGAUGGCGUUAUCGGCGAGGUGCUGGUGGAAUUACUCACACAGCUCUGGCACGCCUCGGGUAUCUAUCAGAUCAGCCCUGGCCAGCUGGUGAUGAUCGGCAUCUGUCUGUUACUGCUCUAUCUGGCCAUCGCCAAGAAAUUUGAGCCGCUGCUGCUGGUCACCAUCGGAUUUGGUGGUUUGCUGAGCAAUAUUCCCGGAGUCGACAUCGCAACGGGUGAUGGUUUGUUACAUCUGGUGUACCUGGUGGGUAUUGAAACCGGUGUAUUUCCCCUGAUCAUCUUUAUGGGUGUAGGCGCAAUGACAGACUUUGGUCCAUUGCUCGCUAACCCCAAGACACUUUUCCUCGGCGCCGCGGCACAGUUUGGUAUUUUUGCAACGCUGCUGGGUGCUCUAGGUCUGACGUCUCUGGGUAUUAUGGAUUUCAGUCUUCGGGAAGCGGCUGCGAUUGGCAUCAUUGGUGGUGCAGAUGGCCCGACAGCGAUUUAUGUUGCCGGUGCUCUGGCGCCUCAUCUGUUAGGGGCGAUAGCAGUAGCCGCAUACUCCUACAUGGCAUUGGUACCCAUUAUCCAGCCACCGAUCAUGCGCGCGCUGACAACACAGGCAGAGCGUGAAAUUGAAAUGACCCAAUUGAGGGAAGUAUCGCAACUGGAAAAAAUAGUUUUUCCUCUGUUGCUUCUGCUGCUGGUUGCUUUGCUGCUGCCGUCAGCAGCACCGUUACUGGGUAUGUUUGCGUUUGGUAAUCUCAUGAAAGAAUGUGGGGUGGUUGAUCGUCUAUCUGAAACCACGCAGAACGCGCUGAUCAAUGUGGUCACCAUUUUUCUGGGACUGGCGGUGGGUUCCAAGCUGCAGGCGGACGUAUUUCUGACCGCCAGUACGCUGGGUAUUCUGCUACUGGGUAUGGUCGCGUUUGGUGUGGGUACUGCCAGUGGUGUUCUUAUGGCGAAGCUCAUGAAUCGCCUGAGCAGCACCCCGAUAAACCCGCUCAUCGGCGCCGCGGGUGUUUCUGCGGUGCCCAUGGCCUCCCGGGUGGUGAACAAAGUGGGCCUGGAGGCGAACCCGCAGAAUUUCUUAUUGAUGCAUGCUAUGGGUCCUAAUGUGGCGGGUGUUAUUGGUUCAGCCGUGGCUGCAGGCAUCAUGAUUCUGUUUGCUUCAGCUCCUUAA